CAACUUCUGUCUCCCUGCUUCUUUCUAUCAGUCUCUCGCCUUUCUGUCUCACUCUCUCCAGCACUGAAACCUCGCAUUGGUAACUUUUUGGGACACAAAACUUAGUUUCUUCGAUUUUAUCCCAGUUUCACGCCACUUGUGGGAAAGUUUUUGUGUAAUUUUAGACCCGCUGUGAUUUGGCUUAAGACAAUUUUUUGUUUUUUUGCUGUAUGAUUUGAGUGUUGCCUCCACUUUCUUUUCUCAUAAUCAACUCGGGUCAAAAACAGGACUUGACAAGGAGCUACAUACUUGUUUCUAUGGUAACACAGCAUUCCCAGAGCCCUUGAAAGACUGAAGAUUAUCAGUGAACAUCCAGCAACUUCAAAGACUAAGGAAAACUACCCUAACUUCGCUGAAGUCACAGAAGAAACUUUUUUGGUAAACUACAGUCGCUAUCUUCACCAAUGAGCAGUCAGACCAGCCUCAGGGAGGGGGCCUCUCCAUCACGGCCCAAUCAGAGGACAUUUCUGGAUGAUGUCAUAUUAACGUUCACCUCACCAAUGGCCUGGCUGAUGGUCGUGGCCCUUAUCAUCACGUGGUCAGCAGUGGCUAUUGUUUUGUUUGAUCUGCUUGAUUAUAAAACUCUAGCAGACUACACCUCAUACUGUGACGACCCCGUGUGUUUACCUCCUGGCCUCCCUCCCCCUGCCGCCAUUGGGAAGAGAAGUAUGAGGACUAGAGGUGGAGUUCGUCCAAUAAAAUCAAGCUCUGCUGGAGUCUCACCUCAGGAGAGCACUGAUUGGCUGGAGAUGAUGUGGGCAUUUGCAGCCAGUCUGGUAGCUCCUGAUGAGGAGGAGGAAGGUAUUCAUCAUCUAACCGAAAGCCUCACAUCUUUCCACUCAGAGGAUCUCUGAGGGACAGGAAGUGGAAAAGGACAAGAGCUGGAGGAGAGAGGACAGAAAGGUUGAGACGGCUGUUACAGUGUUGCACAUUAUAUCACAGUAAUGUUUUUUCUGUCUGUUCAACGGUAACUGAUGAUUUAAUUUGAUGAAUAAAAGAUUCCAAAUCGAAA